UCUGAAAACUCUUGAGGUAAAAAUGCAUUUAAUUCUAGGCGCAUUAUUGGUGCUAACAUUUUGUUUGAAAUCAAGUGAUUCUAUUAUACCCUUUACCAAGGCCAGUACUCAUGGUAUUUUUGUGGCCUUAGCUGUGCCUAUACAGUUGCCCCAUCGCAAUUGCUUUGUCUCUUAUAAUUUUGAGGCCAACUAUAAUUCACCCGAUAGCUGGGGCAUUUUUACCAUAUUUCAAAAUGGACCCAUUGAAUCAGAUGAAUCAUUGGAAGUUGAAUCUUCACGUAAAAUUUUAAAUGGUUAUGGAAAUCAAACUCAAGAGGAUGUGGAGGAGGAGAAUGGGGCAGAAGAAGAGGAUGAUGAUGCGGAGGUGGAAACGACCACAGCAAUUCCAACCCAAACUUCUGUUGUCAAACGCAAAAGUCGUUCUCUAUUGACACGUUCGAAUAUCUAUCACAUACUAAAGGAUAAAUUUGAGAGAAGUGGUUUUCCUGGUGAGCCGUGUCUGCUGCGUUUAAUAUGUGAAGUUAGUUUAAGUGAAUUGGGUGAAUUUAAUGGAGUUGUGGGCAGUCUAAUGCAUGUGAUAUUCAGCCCUUCAACAUCAGAACCUGAAGAUUUACCAUUAAAAUAUUAUCAGGCCGAACACGAUGGCUGGCAUGAUAAUUGUCAUUAUUAUAAAGGCAAUUGCCGAGAGAGUUUAUUAGAUCUAAUAUCGGAACCAUUUGAGAUGAUAUUAAAGAGCAUAGAACAAAAUGAAAUGUAGCAAAAGAUCAAAUAAAAAAAAA